AUGCGCUUUGAUGACAACCGUUGGACCAGAGCCGUGAGCGACUGGGUUCCCCGCGAUAUUAAGCGCACUACAGGAAGACCGCCGACCCGAUGGUCAGAUUUCUUCACGAAGUCCCUGAAAGAAAAAUAUGAUGCUCUUCGUGUCCCACGCGAAAGGAGGAACCACUGGGCUACUCUGGCACGCGAUCGGGACAAAUGGAAGAAUUACUGGCGCCCGCUCGACCAGUUCGAAGAUCAACGGGAGUCAAGUGACGAUGAGGAGAACCCAAAAAAUUGUCUUGGCUGCAUUGGUUCCUUGAAUAUCUUCUGUUUCCUCAGCAAGCUGCACAAUAUCCUAAACAGAACGAGCAUCUCACUCUCUCUCGAUUAUGAGGACAACCUCGUCAGUCAUUUUGCUCCUGCAUCGUGGUUUUGCAACUUCCCUGUAGAUUUCGCAAAUUACACCAUCGUAAAGUACUCCCACGGCUACAAAAGGAAACUAUCGCAGCAAGUUGAGAAAUUUUUGCAUAGGGCAGGAGUUGGACAAGAAAUCGCUGAUCACGUAAUUACUAACAUAGCAGAAUUAAAUACUACAUCAUCAGAAAUACGCACAGUGGUCGAACAACAAUUCCACUUACUAUUCGCCAGUCUACUAAAGCGGUCUUCCCCCAUGUCACAAGCGUCGGGAGCGGGUGCACCACCACCAGAUGGAGCUCCACCUCCGAAUCAAGAAGGAGCUGAUGACAAGGAUGAAAAGAAGGAACUAGACGGUACUGGCGCCGGCAGUCAGAUGGGAGGGGCCAGUGGUGCUGAAGGUGGAGGGACAUCGGCUGGAGGAGAAGGAACUUCUAGCGGCAAAAAGAAAGACAAGAAAGGAAAAAAAGGAAAGAAAAAGAAGACGGCUCAUUUCAAGAAACGAGGACAUCCGUGUUACAAAGUUCUGUGCAUCGUAUUCUCACUUUUGUCAUUAGCAAGUCUUGCUACAGCAUUGACUAUGGGUGCACUGAUGUUAAACGAUACAGCAAGCAAGUAG